AUGUCAACAAUAAAUGGAUUUUUAUGUCUUCUUGGUACAUCAAGAGCUGGAUCAUUACUCAUUGAUCCUUAUAAUUUAAAAGAGAUAAUGCCAAAAAUCAUUGGACAAAUAAUGUGGGAUUUAGGUUUUCCCAGUAUCAUAUCAGCAUUUUGUUUGGUACAAUUAGCUUUUUUACAACUUACACAAAUACAAAUCGGACCGGAAGGAUUAAGGCGGAAAUCGUGUCUUUCAUUAAUCGUCACAGCUCAUUUUAUACUUACCAUCGGAAUGGAUAUCAUUAUAGUGAGAUACGUUAUACAAUAUAUUUUUCUUACGUGGGGUGUUUUCCUUUGCUGUAAUUUUUUAUACAGCGGUUAUAAAGUUAUGUCAAUGAUAAGAAACAUUCCAGGAGGUUUAAAACACAGAGAUUUACCUGAUCCAAGUUAUAAAGCAGCGGGUUCUUCCGGUGAUGAAAAAAGUACAAAAUUGUUAACAAGAGGAUCUUCCUUUCAAAAUCAAACGAGAAAUACGCAAAAAUUUAAUUUGAAACCUAAAUUAUCUCUACGUAGCAUUUCAGAUGAAGACGUCACGGAUAAAGAUUUAACGCAGUAUAGAAACGUCGAACCUAAAUCUCCCAAAUGUAUUUCACCGAAAAGUUUAUCACCCAAACAAUCGACAAAAACGAAAGAAUUUAAUUUCGCAAACGAUUUAAAAGAAAUGGAAAUAGUUAGAGAGAAAAAAAUAUACGAUGUUGAUGAGGAAACAGUUGAAAUUAAUAGAAAGGAUAAAAUGAAAAAAUCAAAUAUGGCGGCGGCGGUGGCGGCAGCGGCAUCAUCAUCGGAUAAUAACAAUAAGGGAAAUGAUGGCGGUAUGAGAAGAGGAAGUCAAAUAAUGAAUGAAGGAAGUCGGAAAAACAGUUUCAGGAAAGAUAGUGUCAGUUUUACGCAAGGUGACUCGAGCGGUAGCUGUUCGACUCUCAUGGACAUAACAACUAAAACGGACGAAGAUCUCAUAAUAUCAUCGACGUCUAAAAAUCAACGUCAAAAAGGAAAAAGAAAAAUAAAAAAAAAAUUAUCUUGGAAAAAAAAUAAUAAAGAAAAAAAUGCCGGCGAUGAUGACGACGAGGAGGAUGAUGAUGAAGAUGAUGACGAUGAAGAAGAAACGACAACGCAAGAAUGUCUUCUUGGUGGAAAACAAGAAAAUGCAACGGAUGUUUCACUAAGAUCGGUACUUAAUCAUAUUGCUUACAUAAAUAGAGGACAACAACGCAACGGACAUGAAAGCGGUGAUGAAGAUUUGGAAAAAGGAAGAAAAUCAAAAGUCGAAUGGGUAUUAAACAUAACCUAUAUAACGGCCAUGUGGGGUUUGAUGUUGUGUUUGAGUAAUAUGGGAAGAAUAUAUAGUCCUUUUGGAGUUCCAGAUUCUCGAAGAGUCGUUUCAUCUCUUCCAAAAGUUUCAACAACUUUUUCUUCCAAUUCAACGCACCGUAUAGAUCACGUGCCAACAGGAGUAUCAGGUGGAUCAGGAGGUGGAGGAGGUAGCGAAAUUAUAUUUUCUCCAUGGCCGUGGUUAUGGUUUCAAACAUUUUGUCGAGCAUUGGAAUUAGCCAUGGGUUGCGCAAUGGCAAACAUAACUCGACAACCUACUGCUAAUUAUAGAUAUCCGAGAACUUUAAGUCUUCGUCACAGAGAUACAUUUUAUAGCAUAUAA